AGAGAGAGAGCGAGAGAGACAGAGAGAGAGCAAAGGAAAGAAGGAAGGUGGAAAUGGAACUGCCAAAUCAUGCCAAACAACUGCUGCUGCAACUCAACCAGCAGAGAGCCAAGGGCUUCCUGUGUGAUGUUAUCAUCGUGGUGGAGAAUGCAUUGUUCCGCGCCCACAAGAACAUCCUGGCGGCCAGCAGCAUCUACUUCAAGUCUUUGGUCCUUCACGAUAACCUCAUUAACCUCGACACAGAGAUGGUUAACCCCUCUGUAUUCAGACAAGUUCUGGACUUCAUCUACACUGGAAAGCUCAUGUCCUCCUCAGAGCAGAGCAAUGAACAGAACUACACUGCCCUCUUAACCGCAGCCAGCUACCUCCAGCUCCAUGACCUCGCUGCUCUGUGCAGAAAGAAGCUUAAGCGCAGUGGUGGGAAAUCCCUGCCAAGUAAACCCUCCACUCCAGGUCCCCAAAGCCGCUCACGCCUCAACAACCAGCGCCUUUCCACUUCUACGCCAGCUGGCCCCAAAAACCACUAUCCUCCGACCCCAUCCGACGUCGACCAACCACAGCCAGAUGAAGGCCUUCGGGACAAGCUCUCAGAUGACGAAAUGUUUGUUGGCAGCUCUGGGAGGAAUGGCAAUGGGGGGAAUGGCAGCAGUAAUGGAAAUCUCAGCAGUGGAGGAAGUGCUGGGGAACCAGACCUUGGACUAGAUCUUUCCAAGAAGAGCCCUCCCUUUGCUGGCACAGCCACUGAUGCCCUCAGCCCACACAGCAUAUCCCAAGAGUCCCCUCAAUCUGCCUCAGUAUCCACAACCAACAGUGCCUCACUGGAUGACUCCUCUACCACCCUACCAGGUGUCGACACCGGCUCAGAGGAGCUCAACUCCUCCUCCAAAGCCUCAGAGGACAACCAAAACCAGCCAGAUGGCCCUCCACCCCAAAAGAAAUCUCGGCAAGGUGCCCGCAAGAACGAAUGGCCUAAGAGAGAGGCAUCAGGGUUGAAGUCUGAGGAUCAUGAAAGGCCCCUUGUUAACGGGGUGAUUGUGGGUCCUAAAGAUGGACGCUCCUCUGACCAGUCCUUCCAAUGUAAAGAUGAGGACGAAGGAGGGGAAAAUGGCCAAGACCACACUGAUGAAAGCGGGCAAAGUGACGGAGAGAGUGCAGGAGGUGGAGGAGGAACAGGAGGGGGAAACCACAGCGCCAACUACGUUUACCGGCAAGAAGGUUUUGAGCCAGCGUUUGGGGACAACCUCUAUGUGUGCAUUCCCUGUGGUAAGGGCUUCCCCAGCUCUGAGCAGCUCAAUGCUCACGUGGAGACUCACAAUGAGGAUGAGCUCUACAUCAAAGAAGAGGCAGGGACCUUUGUGAAAGAGGAAGACGAGGAGGAGGCAGAGGACCUCUCUGCCCCCGUGGGUCCCUCUAGCUUUGGCUCUGAAGCGCGUCCGUUCAAGUGUACAGUCUGCAGUAAGAGCUACAAAGACCCCGCAACUCUGAGACAACAUGAAAAGAGCCAUUGGCUGACCAGGCCUUUCCCCUGCAACAUCUGUGGCAAAAUGUUCACCCAGAGGGGUACCAUGACACGCCACAUGCGCAGCCACCUUGGCCUCAAGCCGUUUGCGUGUGAAGAGUGUGGCAUGCGCUUCACACGCCAGUACCGUCUGACGGAGCACAUGCGUGUACACUCUGGGGAGAAGCCGUAUGAAUGCCAGCUAUGCGGGGGGAAGUUCACCCAGCAGCGCAACCUCAUCAGUCACCUGAGAAUGCACACCUCACCCUCUUAGAAACACAUCAAGCCAAAGAACUCUGGGAAUAGAAAAAAGUUCUCUACCUUUUUUUCCAUCUCAACAGCAAAGAAACGCACAUGUCCACAUUCACUUGCAAACACUCACAGUUCUUCAUAUUAAUUCCAGUUUACGAUGCCAUGGCUAAGUGAAAGAUGUAGCUGUUAGCCACAGUGGGCUCUUGGUGACGGUGGGAACUGUUGAUGCAAGGAUCAUGUCAUCAUUAAUACCAAGCAACAUCUACUCACCUGCUCAGGAGUUCUAGAGGGACAAUUACUCCUGUCUCUCUCCAAAGACUUGUGGUCUGCAUUACAAGUCUGUCAAAUGUGAAUGUGGGUACUGAUAUAAAGUCAAGCCCCCUCGCCUCAUACCCCUCAGCAGCCUUUCUCUCUUCUACCUGAGCAUUGAGUUUGUCAGAUUGGUCCUCAUACUGAUGAACUCAAAAGUCCCCUCUGAACUCCAGUGCUAUUUUGACCAAAAACCUGCGCAAACAAUACUGGCAAUAAUUCAGCAAAAGAUUAUUUUGACCCUGACAGCUUUAUAUCCUUUGUUAUUUUGGUGAUGGGGAUCUGUAUGUAAGAGGAGGGGUAACUGGGUUUGGGACCAUCUCCAUGCUUUAACUGAAAGACCUAAAAAAAGGUGGAGUGACAUUGGAUUAUGUUUUUAUUUUCACAGACCAUGAAAACUCAAAGUCCUCUAUACAGCUGUUCACAGUAAUACAGAGAGGAUUUUCAAUGUUUUUGGU